AUGAACUACCAUCACAAAUCUGGAUCUCAAAAAAGGAAAGAAAAACUGUCAAGAUUGAAAAAUGUAAAUGAAAAACAAACUCUACUUCAAAGUUAUAGAUUUUCAGUGUCUUCGAAAGAGAAAGAUUUAGAAAAUGAGUAUCAUAAUGUAGAAGCUAAUUUUAACAAUAACGACAACGUUGUUGAACAAGCUGCAGAUUUAAUUAAUGUGACUGCCGACUUUUCAGAUCCUGAUAACAUAGAAAAUAAAGAUGACGUGGAGCCCGCAAAACUGCUUGACUUUGAUGUUGGUAGUCUAAAAAAUGAAAGACCAAAUGCUUCUGAAAUUGAGGAAGCAGUUCGUAGGGGUCCAGAAAAGAUCCCAUCUCAAUUACCAAAAGAAGUGAAUGCACAUUCAUUUCUUGUUUGUAUACUACAUACAAGUAUGAAAAAUAGAGAAUAUGUUCCCCGUGAUUGGCUUGUUUGGGGCAAAGUUAAACAAUCGAUAUUUUGUUUUCCUUGUCACCUUUUUAGCAAACUACCAACAGCAAGUCGCUCACGUUUAACAACUAUAUCUGAGUAUUAUUUUCAAAGAAAAUGGAAAAAAUUACAUGACAAAAUUCCAGAGCAUCAAAAUAGCAGCAACCAUAAAUAUUGUUAUAUUAAAUGGCGGCUAUUGGAAAAAAGUAUUGACUCUAAUUCCACUAUCGAUAUUAUGCUGUUGCAGACCAUUAAGAAUCAAGCAUCACAGUGGAAACAGGUUCUUCGCCGAGUUUUAGAUAUCACUUUGUUUCUAGCCGAACGAGGUUUAGGAUUUAGAGGAACAAGUGAUUUAGUUGGAGUUGCAGCAAAUGGCAAUUUUUUGGGCAUUUUAGAGCUCUUGAGCUAUUAUAAUUCUGUCUUGAAAGACCACCUGAACAAAGUGAUGAAGUCGCAGAAAUUGAAGAGAAGACAACAAGCAAAUUACCUUUCACCGGAAAUACAAAAUGAGUUUAUAGAGUGUUGUGCCAAAAAAGUAUUAGACGUUAUUCUAAGAGAACGAAAAGCAGCAAAAUAUUACUCAAUACUUGUUGAUGCAACCCCUGAUUCAGCACAUAUGGAACAAACUGUAUUUAUGCGUUAUGUUUAUUUAAAUGAAAAAAAUAGUCUCUAUGAAGUUCAAGAGCGAUUUCUAGAGUUUGUUGACUGCAAUCAGAAAACGGGGAAAGCUAUUGCUGAAUUAAUUUUCAGUGUUGUUAAAAAACACAAUAUACCAAUGAUACACUGUCGUGGUCAAGGUUAUGACAACGGUAGCAACAUGAGCGGUCAAUAUAAAGGAGCACAAGCAGAGAUAAUUAAAGAGAACCAAUUUACAAUUUAUUCUCCAUGUGCUUGUCAUAGCUUAAAUCUGUGUGGUGUCCAUGCCGCAGAGUGCUGUGCAGAGGUUAUCACCUUCUUCGGUGUUGUGCAAAAGACUUAUAACUUGUUCAGCUUUAGCACACAAAGAUGGCAAAUUUUAAAAGAAAACAUUGGGUGCUCUUUGCAUAGCAUGUCAGAUACACGUUGGUCAGCCAGGAUGGAAAGUGUAAAACCUUUUGCAGAACAUAUUCCUGGUUUAAAGAGUGCUAUCCAAGACUUAAAGAAGCUAAAUCUUACUGGCGAGACUCGAUCAGAUAUCAAACUUAUUGAGAAAUACUUGGGUUCAUUUGAGUGCAUUAUACUCGCAAGCACUUGGUUUAAAGUUCUAACAAGCAUCAAUUACAGAAACGCAGUUCUGCAAGCCAGAGAUGCAACUUUAGAUGUGGAGGUUUUAAAUUUAAGAAACUUAAUUGAUGACCUCUUAUUAUUGAGAAACAACUGGGAUUCAAUUUUAAAUGAAUGUAAACUUGUUGCCGAAAAUCUGGGUAUGGUUUCCAAUGACAUAUGA